AUGAUAGACUCAAAUAGUUUAAUCAUAAUCGAUUACAAAGAUAAAAGUUAAAUAUAAAAUAAGUAGAUAUAUGAUAAUUUUAUAAAAUUUAGUAUUUAAAAAGAAUCUCAAAUUAAGUAAUUGUAGAGCUUGUUAGACAAAACUAAGAAUAAUUAUUAAUUAUUGUUUGAAUAAUUCUUAAAUUACAGUAUGAAUAUUUAUGUAUACUUUAGAGAAAACAAUUGAAAAUUUGCUCUAAAGCUGUUUGACAAACCCUCAAGAAAUCAAUAAUCAUGAACUCAAUUAAAAAAAAAAUGAAUUAUUUAAAUUUGAAAAAGAAAAUCUAUUUUUAUAAGAAUAAUUAAAUAAUUUAAAGAAACAAUUAAAUAUCACAAAUUUAGAAUUAAAGAAUGAAAAAGAAUAAUCAAAUGCCACAAAAGAAUAAUUAAAUGAUGUAAUAAAAAAAUUAAAUUUUGCAACAGAAUAAUUAAAAUAUGAAAAAGAAUAAUCAAAUGCCACAAAAGAAUAAUUAAUAAACAGUGAGUUAUAAAUAAAUAAACUAUUUUUGGAACUCAAAACUAACUAAGAUAAUUAAAUCAAAACAGAAAAAAUAAUAGAAUAAAUUAAGUCAGAAAAUUAAAAUAAUGAAUAAGUUUGGAAAUCAAAAAUUUUGAGUUUAUAGCAAAAAUUAGAGUUUAUGUAAAAAUAAUAGAAAUCUGAUUCAUUUUCAUAUAGAAUAAAAGAAGAUAAAAAUAAUGGAGUAAUAGAACAUUUAUAAAGUAAAUUUGAUAAAUAAAAUAGAUAUUGCCAAAAUCAUCAUUGAAAAAUUGAAUUAUAUAAAUAAUUAAUAUUAAGCUGAAAUUCAAUAAUUAGAAUUCAGAAAAAAAUAUGCUUAGGACUUACUUAAUUUGUUUCACCAAUAUUUAAGGACUCCACUUUUGCAAAAUGAAUUUACAUUUAGACAUGAUUUUAAGGAUAAUAGAAUAAGAUCAGAUUGA